AUGGAGAUCAUUAGCAACAAUAACCUCAUUUCUCAGUCUGUUGUUCUGCUUCUGUUAUGUUUUACCUUCAAUGGAACUUCCAUGGCAUCUGACACCAUCUAUGCAGGCCGCACUCUUUCGGGGACCCAGACAAUCACCUCCGCAGGUGGCAUAUUUGAGCUGGGUUUCUUCACAGCAGGUAACUCUCGAAACUAUUACGUAGGCAUUUGGUACAAAACUCUCCGCCCUCGAACUGUAGUUUGGGUAGCAAACCGAAACCAACCUGCCUCUGGUUCAUCUCCUUUGACACUGCAACUCUUCCGAAAUGGAAGCUUAGCGUUGCUGGAGCAAACGAAAUCUACAAUUUGGUCAACUCAAUCUAUGUCAGCGGUUUCUGAUUCCACCAUGGCAGUGCUUCUUGACAACGGGAACCUUGUCAUCAGAGAUGAAUUGGAUUCAUCCGCUGUUUUAUGGCAGAGUUUCGAUCACCCAACUGACACUUGGCUUCCGGGUGCCAAGCUUGGAUACAAUAAGCUUACGAAGGAAAAACUAGUUCUUACUCCCUCGAGAAACCCACAAAAUCCAGCCCCUGGAAUAUUUUCUCUUGAGAUGGAACUAACUGGAACAAUAUCUGCGACUCUCAGAAUUUGCCUCGUUGUCGAUGCUUGGACGGAUUUGAACCCCAAAUCCCAGAAGAUUGGGAUUUUGGAGGUUAAAAGCAUUGAGGAAUGUAUAUUAGCAUGCUCAAGAGAUUGCUCAAUCACCGCCUUUCUUUACGAUAACGACUGUAAGAUUUGGAAAGGGGAUAUAUUCAAUCUGAUUCAACUACCAUCUUCUCUGACUAAACUAAUAGAUUACAGAAAAAUGCAUUUACGAGUUGCAGAUUCUACCAACGAGGUAAAGAGAAAGAUUACUUGGAUUGCUGUUGGAGUACUUGCGGGGUUCCUUUCAAUCUCAACCAUUCUCAUGGUAUUUCUCAUAAGGAAGCGGUCAAAAGGAGCAUCGCCAAUAGUUCAGGAUUCCUUGGUGCUGUUCAAGUAUAAAGAUUUAAGAAGAGCAACAGAUAACUUCUCAGAAAAACUUGGGGAAGGAGGUUUUGGUUCUGUUUUCAAGGGGAUAUUGCCUAAUUCAACUGAUAUAGCAGUGAAAAAACUUAAAUAUCUGGAGCAGGGAGAGAAACAAUUUCGUGCUGAAGUGGGAACCAUUGGCGCUAUCCACCACAUUAAUGUUGUUCGCCUUUGGGGUUUUUGCACAGAAACUUCAAAACGACUUUUGGUCUAUGAGUACAUGCCAAAUGGUUCUCUGCAAUCUCUUUUUCAUCAAGAGAAUGCACUAAUGUUAGAUUGGGAUGCCAGAUAUCAUAUUGCAGUAGGGACUGCCAGAGGAUUGGCUUACCUACAUGAGGAGUGCCGAGACUGCAUAAUACACUGUGAUAUUAAGCCCGACAACAUUUUGUUGGAUGCAGAAUACAGUCCAAAACUGGCUGAUUUUGGUCUUGCAAAACUUGUCGGAAGACACCAUAGCCGCGUUCUGACAACCAUGAGAGGAACUGUAGGUUAUCUUGCACCAGAAUGGUUUUCAGGUGAAGCCAUCACACCAAAAGCUGAUGUCUUUAGCUAUGGCAUGUUGCUGAUUGAGGUUAUAACAGGAAGGAGAAAUAGAGAAGGGUUAGAUGAGGGGUUAGAAAACUACCGUCCUCUCAUGGUUGCCAAUGUAGUUAAUAAGGGAGAAGAUGUUGGUACUUUGUUGGAUUACAGGUUGGAAGGCCGUGCUGACAAAGAUGAACUCGCUCAAGCAUGUAAAGUCGCUUGUUGGUGCAUUCAAGAAGAUGAGAAGGAUAGGCCAACGAUGAGGCAGGUUGUUCAAAUUCUCGAGGGAGUUUCAGAUGUCAACAUACCCCCAAUCCCACAGUUCCUCCAGCGCCUUGUACAGUGUCCAUUAGAAGGUGUUAAUCACCUGAAGACUACUUGCAGUUCAGGCUUGUGGUCAUGCUCUGACGAUCAAAGUGCAUUUCAAGCCAAAAUCAACAACCGUGAAACGAAUAUUCACGAGGAUGCACCUGAAGGGGAACAUUGUACAUCUCUUUGUACGCGUUGA